GAAAGGAAUACUUUUUACAUACUUUUCUCCCUUAGACACUGCCAACUAUAAUACACUUUGAAAUAACCUCUUUUUCUCUUUGCCUACUUUUGUGUUGGCAACUCCACUCCACUCUUGAAUGUUUUCUGCUUUAAUUUCAACAUGGAAUGUUUCUUUUGUCGCCUAUGGGUCCUAUUAAAUAUUGAGUAAUCUGGCUAGUCUCGUUGAUUGAAUAUACCUGCUGUAAACCAGAAAAUUUUUCAUUGGUUUGAACUCUACAUGGACAAUGAAACUAGUGAUGUAAUAUUCUACUGGAUGCAAAUCAGAACACCACAAAAUACAGGAAUGUGAAACUAGAGCCUCCACUGAAACAGAGACGUAUAACGGAUUCAACUCUAUAACCCUGUGACAUGGGGAAAUGGAAUCAUUUGGGAUGCUUCCCCAUGAUAUGGAAUCGGUGAAAAACUCCUUCAAUUCACCAAUCCAUGACUCACUCGCGGAAACAGGUUCAUUAGAGAGUUCUGCCGAUCUAUAUAUGGACAAAAGUGUUACAGCAUGUGAACCAGAACUUGCAAUGUGUCACAAAGAGACUAGUUACAACAUUAUUAAGGAUAUAUGUGUGGAUGAAGGAGUCCAUACCAACGAUAAGAUUAUUUUUUGGAGAAAAGUAGACGAAAACAUCCACACAACUUAUUCUUCUCGGAGUUAUGGAAGUAAAGAAACAGUGAAAGACAAUGCUGGGAAAAAAUUAUUAAAUCCAUCAGUAACAGAUGAAUCUGAACAAUCCAAGGAUUUGAUGCAGCUCAAUGAAGGUGCAACUAGAAAACUUUCUGAUAACUUGUAUAAGGAGAUUGAUGUGCCUGAAGAUAACGUUUUGUUACAAGAUUUAGACAGAGAGAAAUCCAGGACAUCAACUGUUGAGGGUGAUGAAAUCAAACACGACCAUGCAAAGGUUGAUAAUGACCCUGAGUUUCACUCCCAACCUGACAAGUCCAAAACUGUGAUUGAGAAUGAUGCAGUGUUUUCUAGUCCAGCUUUGGAAUCAAAAACUAAAAUCCUUGGCAGUAGUAGUUCACUGCAGCAGACUGCAAACAUGGAGCAUAAGUUAGAUCAUUCGGGUCAUGGAAGUAGUCAAGUUAGUGACUGUAAUCGUGGUCAAAUUCAAGAUGCAGAUGUGAACUCUGACGAGCAGGGUGUAAAAGAUCAAGUUUUUCCAAGAUUAGACGAGUCAAGUUCUUCCUCUGUUGGGUACUUAGGACCUCUACCUUAUUGUGGUAGCAUCUCUCUUCGAUCAGAUAGCAGCACAGCUAGCUCACGGUCCUUUGCCUUUCCCAUAUUACAAUCAGAAUGGAAUAGCAGUCCAGCAAGGUUGACAAAAUCUGGUAGUAGGCGUCGCAGUAAACAGCAGGGUUGGAAGCACCGCCUUUUCUGCUGUAAAUUCUGAAAGUUUAUUAUUCCCUAUAGCCUUAUAAUAAUAGUUCAAAUAUCAGUGAAUUUUUCUUAGUAUCAGGCAUAUACAUAUAUCUCCAUUGUUUGGUCGUAUAUGUAAGCACAAGUUCUUUUUAUUUCCCUUAAUUGCAUUUGUUUCUUACCUUUUUAUUGUACCCAUAUAUAUGAUCAAAAUUUUAUUUCCUUGUCAAUA